AUGCAAGACCAGAGAAUCAUCUAUUUUCUCGGCUCAAACAUCAGCCACGCCAUCUCCAACUACAUCCACAACGACGCCGCCUCCUCUAUUGGAUACACCAACUGGCGUCUAGAAGCAGUCGACACCACCGACUUGGAAGAUUUCUCGAAACGCAAGCUGACGAGCCCAGAAUUCGCCGGCGCGGUGAUUACCAUGCCCCAUAAAUUAGGUAUUAUUCCGUAUUUGGAUGAGGUUGAUGAGAUUGUGGAGUUGGUCGGGGCUUGUAAUAACAUCUAUCCGUCUUGUGCACCUGGUUCAGCGAAGAGAAGGUUGAUUGGGACGAAUACGGAUUGGGUGGGAGUCAGGGACUGUCUUUUACGGCUUGAUGAUGAGUUUGUGGCAAGCAAUAGCAACGUAACCCACGACGAGAAAAAGACGGGAUUCAUUGUGGGUGCUGGCGGUGCAUGUCGAGCUGCCAUCUACGCUCUAACGAGACAUUUGAGCGUCACAAGGAUAUACAUCAUCAACCGGGACGCCGAUGAAGUUCGGAACCUGCAAACCGAUAUAUCUGCCCGAUACCAUGGGACUACUACUACCAUACCGGAAAUCAUUCAUCUACAAACACCGGAGCAAGCACGCAGCCUCGGGGACAAGCCAUACUACGGCGUCGGCACAGUACCGGAUUACGCACCCGCAACAGACGCAGAGACCACGGCGCGCGACACACUGCGCGCUCUACUCGAUCGAAGUGUCGACAAAAAGAGAGGCGUGUUUCUGGAUAUGUGCUACAACCCGCGCGAGACGAGUAGUCUGCGUGCAGCUAGAGAGUGUGGGUGGGUGACGGGGGAAGGGGUGGAUGUCGUUAGUCUUCAGUUGAAGGAGCAGUGGAGGCUUUGGGCGGGGGAGGAGGCUAGUGCCAUGAUUUCAUCAGAGUUGAUGGUGAGACGAGCGCGUGAAAUUGCAGAUGGUCAUGUUUAA